UAAUUUUCAUUUUAUAUUUUGAUUCUACGUGACUCAGUCGCAAAUAACAAUCUAUCCCGCAGAGAAAAAAUACAAAUCCAAAAUAAGAAUAAACUAGCUGUACUGUUCCAUUUACCGUCACAAAAACGUUCUUCAAACUUUAACUAGAGGUCAAUUAUCAAAGUGCAUCGAAAGUUUUUAAAUUCGUUCCGCCAAUGCAUAGGUGAAAGUUAUCUACUCAAGCUACCGAGUGUAAAAAUCAUAGAAAAUGAAGCUGGAACACCUGAUCAUCCUUGCAGUUUCGUUCUACCUGCGCCGUGCGGUGCUGGCUGAAGAUUCGUCUGAAGAAUUAUACUCCUCAGAAUCCUCAUCGGAGGAAUUGAUGGAGAAUGAAGCAAUUCUGGAGGAAGACCCAGACUUUGACCUGCUGAUAUUCACCCAGAGGUGGCCCAUCACAACCUGCUACGAAUGGCGGGAAAAGAGCGCAUCCAACAUCUGCGGUCUACCAUCGCCGAAAAAUAUUUGGACGAUCCACGGUAUUUGGCCAACCAAGCGAAAUACCAUAGGUCCAAGUUUCUGCAACAAAACGGCCGUGUUCAACGUUACCGAGCUGGGAAAAAUCGAACAACAAUUGGAACAGUUCUGGAUAAAUGUGGAGAAAAAUAGACCGUACGAUUCCCUGUGGCGCCACGAAUGGUUAAAGCAUGGAACGUGCGCUGCAGCAGUCCUAAGUCAGCUGAACACCGAAAACAAAUACUUCGGACAGGGCUUAACCUGGCUCCAACAGCAUUCGAUGGCCGAUGUCUUGAAUGAAGGUGGCAUAAUACCGGGCGUAAAUCACACAGUCUUUGAAAUUCACAAGGUUCUCACGGAUCGUCUUCAAAAGAACGUUGCCAUCGAAUGCUACCACGACAAGGAAACCAAGUCUCAAUAUUUGAACGAAAUCCGUAUAUGCUUUAACAAAUCCCUCGAACUGGCAGAUUGUGACGGAAUUUUGUUCGAGGAAGUCGCAAUUGACUACCCGGCUGGCAAGGUGAUAACCAACUGUAACUUGAACAAACCGAUUGUGUAUCCGACGAGUGUGCCACUGUCCAAGUUCGACAGGACGCAUAUGUCCCCAUUCGAUCUGCAUCGGAAGUUUCUUGAGGAAAUCAACCGUAAGAAGUCGGACGAAAGCAGAACCAUGAAGUUGCUGGUGAAUGUCUAUAAACUGAUUCAGUUGCUCAAGUGGACGACGCUUUGAGGUGUUUCUGUUAAAUAAGUUGUACCUAUUAUCGUGAUUUAUUUUAAUUUUGAAGCAUCACACUAAAACACAUUUUAUAUGCAUCACAAGAUAUUUUACAGUUAAAAUAUUUUGCAAUUUGCGUAAAUUAUUAUUCUCACGAUUUCAAUCCAACUACUUUUACAAUUACCUAAUCCCAUCCAUUAUACGUACCUUUAAUAAAACAUCACAUUACAAUAAGCAGCUACGAUCUACAUUAACUUUUUUCGUUAUUAUUUAGACGAUGAUCGAAAAUUACACCUUACAAAAUGCUAAUUAUUUGAGAUUGUAAUAUUCAAUAUUGUACUACCCGUACAAACUUAUAUUUGUAAAUAGACCAUUUUUCUUUUCAGUGCGAAUAACUUCGAUCGGAAGUAGUUCCCUUUUGUAGUAGUAAUAGAGAUAUAAAAUGAUAACUAAUUACAAUUGCUAAAGCCAGGCUGUAGCCGAAAUUUUGGGUUCAAAUUGCGGCAUUCAUAUGACUAAGGAUACCAUCUAAACUAGAAGCUAAAACAAAACAUUUCGCUUGAAAAAUAUGGAAAACUGGGAAGCAUCCAUUUUUUGGGGACAAUACUAACUGAAACUUAGUCCGGGAGACUAGCGCAAGUUAGUAAUACCCUACAGAGUCAUAGCAUGUGCUGAAAGAAACUAACACAUAAUGUAAAGAUAACAAUAUUUGAAUGUUUAUAAGACACCUUUUGAGUAAGUGCGUUAAAAAUCAGGACAUUUUGUUAUUUUGGUAAAAAAAAUGUCAGAACAUCUCUACGAAAGUAACAACAAAUCCUGAUUAAACAGGAUAGAUGGUAUGCCUACACAUAAAUGAAAGAAUAACAACAAUGAUGGAGCAUUAAAUUUCUCAUCAUUUUGUCAGUUCGCCUAACAAAAAGAAUUUGUUUUCGUUAGAAGUUUCUUUUUUUUAAGAAAAAAAUAAAUAUUCAAAACCAAACUUA